AUGGGAUCACCAGAUAAAAAAUCAAAAUAAGAAAAAAAGUCGAAGUUUACUGAGUAGGAAGACUAAAAAUCUGCUUUACAUGAUGACAACAUUAUUGUUGGAUCUAGUAAAAGAAAGGGAAUAGAUAUGAGUAAAUUUUCAGCUGAAUAAGGCGACGAUGACGGUGCUGAUCCUUCAAAGAAGAUCAGAGUUUCAAUGAAUCCUUGGACUAAUAAAGUCUAUUCUAAGAAGUAUUAUGAAAUUCUUAAGACCAGACAAUCUCUUCCUGCUUGGGAGGCUAAAGGAUAGCUCUUGAAGCUCCUUGAUGAAAAUUAAGUUAUUGUUUUAUAGGGUGAGACAGGUUCUGGUAAAACUACACAAAUCCCUCAAUUCUUGUUGGAAUCAAAGCAUGUCAAAGGCAAAAAAGGUAUCUGUUGUACUCAACCCAGAAGAGUUGCUGCUAUGUCUGUAGCAAAGAGAGUUGCAGAUGAAAUGGAUGUUCAAUUAGGUGAUGAAGUUGGUUAUUCAAUUCGUUUUGAAGAUAAAACAUCAAAUAAAACUAUGUUAAAAUAUCUAACUGAUGGUAUGUUGCUCAGAGAAGCCAUCCAUGAUCCUCUUUUAGAAAAAUACAGCAUAAUUAUGCUCGAUGAAGCUCACGAAAGAACAUUGAAUACUGAUAUAUUAUUUGGUCUACUUAAAGAAAUUCUUGAAAACAGAAAGGAUCUCAAGAUUGUUGUUAUGAGUGCUACAAUGGAUGCUGAAAAGUUUUAAGGUUACUUUAAGGAUGCCCCAUUACUUGAAAUUCCAGGUCGUUUAUAUCCUGUCGAAAUCUUUUACACACAUGAACCAGAAAAAGACUAUGUUGAAGCUGCUAUUAGAACUGCAGUAUAGAUUCAUAUGUAUGAAGACGAAGGAGAUAUGUUAGUUUUCUUAACAGGUGAAGAGGAAAUUGAAAAUGCAUGCAAGCAAAUUAAGCAAGAAAUUUAAAAAUAAGGUGAUACUUGUGGACCUGUUAAUGUUAUUCCUCUUUACAGUUCAUUGCCACCCGCUAUGCAAUAAAAAAUCUUCGAUCCUGCUCCAGGCCCUAAUAAAAAAGGUAUUCCUGGAAGAAAAAUCAUCGUUGCAACAAAUAUUGCUGAAACUUCUUUAACAAUUGAUGGUAUUGUUUACGUUAUCGAUCCAGGUUUUGCUAAAUAGAAAGUAUUCAAUCCUCGUAUGAGAGUUGAAUCACUUCUUGUUUCUCCAAUUUCUAAGGCUUCAGCAAAAUAAAGAGCUGGUAGAGCUGGUAGAACCCGUCCUGGUAAAUGCUUCCGUCUCUACACUGAAGCUUCUUUUAAAAAUGAAUUGAUGGAAGACACUUAUCCUGAAAUUCUUAGAUCUAAUUUGGCUUCAGUUGUUCUUACUUUAAAAAAGCUUGGUAUUAAUGAUUUGGUACACUUCGAUUUUAUGGAUCCUCCUGCUCCUGAAACUUUAAUGCGUGCAUUAGAACUUCUUAAUGAUUUAGGUGCUUUAGAUGAUGAAGGUGAACUCACUAAAAUUGGUGAAAUGAUGGCUGAAUUCCCUCUUGAACCUUAAUUAGGAAAGAUUCUUUUAAAUUCAGCAAAGUAUUAAUGUUCAGAAGAAAUGGUUAGUAUUGUAGCUUUACUUAGUGUCCCAAAUAUAUUCUCGAGACCUAAGGAAAACCAAAAAGAAGCUGAUGAUGCUAGACUAAAGUUCUGCAAUCCCGAUGGCGAUCAUCUUACCAUGCUUAAUGCAUAUAACGCUUAUAAGUAAAAGAAAGAAAAUGCUGAAUGGUGCAAAAGCAAUUAUUUAAAUAGUCGUUCUUUAAAGUCCGCAGACGAUGUUAGAGAAUAACUAAAGAAUUUGAUGGUAAAACUCGAAAUUCCUCUUGUAUCAUGUGGUACUAAUUAUGAAAAUGUUAAAAAGUGUCUUCUUAGUGGAUUUUUCAUGUAAGUUGCAAAAUUAUAGAGAAACGGUGCUUAUAUGGCAUUUAAGGAUGUUCAAACUGUUGCUAUUCACCCUUCUUCUGUUGUUGAUUAAAAGCCUGAUUGGGUUAUAUAUAAUGAAUUCGUUUUAACAAAGCGUCAUUAUAUUAGAAAUAUAACAGCUAUAAAAGGAGAAUAUUUGUUCGAAGUAAACCCUGAUUAUUUCAAUCCUGCUAGAAUAAAACAUAUUGAUACUCGUAAAGACUUAGAAAAAUUAGAAAAGGAAAUGAUAGAAAAACGUAAAAAAUAAUCUCAACAAAGUUCAAAAUGA